CGUCGCCCCGCCCUCUCCGCACCCGCCGCGCCCCGCCCCGCUGCCGCCGCCACCAUUGGCCAGGCGGGAAGUCGUUCUCCUAGCUCGAUCUGCGGGAGUGCGGGGGGAAACUUCAUUAUUACUGUGACGCUGAAGGCCGGGGAGGCCCGAGCUGCCUGAGGGCUGCAGCCGCCGGGUCGGCGCUGCGGACCCGGGUGCGGGUGCAGGCGGGGCGACGAUCUCAGGGCACCGAGCCCGCCGCACUCGCGGGGGAGGGAGGGGGCUGGGCUGUCCGCAGCUCCCUGUCGCGGAGGCGCCUACCGGCUCUGCUCGGCCGCCGGCAGCGGGUGACCUCCCUGCGUGAAGAGCAUCGCGGCGCGGCGGCAGGGGAAUUCGCGUUGCGGCUGGCCGCGGGCUCCUCCCACCCAGCUGGCGGGCGGGGCUCGGGGAUCCGGUGUCUGGUGCAGACGCUGCUGCGGCCGAGCGAGCCGACGGCUGGACCUUGGAGCAGGCUAUAUGAGACCCUGAAGGAUAAGAACAAUGCUAUGUUGGGGGUAUUGGUCCCUGGGCCAACCAGGCAUCAGCUCCAACCUGCAAGGAAUCGUGGCUGAGCCCCAGGUGUGCCGCUUCGUAUCGGACAGAAGCAUCAAGGAAGUGGCGUGUGGAGGAAACCAUUCAGUGUUCCUGCUGGAGGAUGGGGAGGUUUACACGUGUGGAGUAAACACCAAGGGGCAGCUUGGCCACGAGAGGGAAGGUAACAAGCCAGAGCAAAUUGGAGCACUGGCUGAUCAGCACAUCAUCCACGUGGCGUGUGGCGAGUCACACAGUCUGGCUCUCAGUGACCGGGGCCAGCUGUUCUCUUGGGGUGCAGGGAGUGAUGGCCAACUGGGCCUCAUGACCACUGAGGAUUCUGUGGCGGUGCCCAGGUUAAUACAGAAGCUGAACCAGCAGACCAUAUUACAAGUUUCCUGUGGCAACUGGCACUGCUUGGCUCUGGCAGCUGAUGGCCAGUUCUUCACAUGGGGAAAGAACAGCCAUGGACAGCUGGGCCUGGGGAAGGAGUUCCCCUCCCAAACCAGCCCACAGAGGGUGAGAUCUUUGGAAGGGAUCCCACUGGCUCAGGUGGCUGCAGGAGGGGCUCAUAGCUUUGCCCUGUCUCUCUCAGGAGCCGUUUUUGGCUGGGGAAUGAAUAAUGCAGGGCAGCUAGGGCUCAGUGAUGAAAAAGAUCGAGAGUCUCCAUGCCACGUGAAGCUUUUACGAACACAGAAAGUCGUCUAUAUUAGUUGUGGAGAGGAGCACACAGCAGUUCUCACAAAGAGUGGGGGCGUGUUUACCUUUGGUGCUGGCUCCUGUGGACAGCUUGGACACGACUCUGUGAAUGAUGAAGUUAAUCCGAGAAGAGUCCUGGAACUGAUGGGCAGUGAAGUAACUCAGAUUGCCUGUGGCAGACAGCACACUCUAGCCCUUGUGCCUUCUUCUGGACUCAUCUAUGCAUUUGGUUGUGGAGCUAAAGGUCAGCUGGGAACCGGACAUACAUGUAAUGUCAAGUGCCCAUCUCCUGUGAAGGGCCACUGGGCUGCGCACAGCGGUCAGCUUUCAGCUCGAGCUGAUCGCUUUAAGUACCGCGUGGUUAAGCAGAUCUUCUCCGGAGGGGACCAGACAUUUGUACUUUGCUCCACAUAUGAGAAUUCUUCUCCUGCUGUUGACUUCAGAACUGUGAACCAAGCACAUUAUACCAACUUAAUAAAUGACGAAACCAUAGCAGUUUGGAGACAAAAGCUCACAGAACACAACAACGCAAAUACAGUCAAUGGUGUUGUUCAGAUACUGUCUUCUGCAGCUUGUUGGAAUGGAAGCUUUCUGGAAAAAAAAAUUGAUGAACAUUUUAAAACCAGUCCCAAAAUCCCUGGGAUUGACCUGAACUCAACUAGGGUUUUAUUUGAGAAGUUAAUGCACUCUCAGCACUCCAUGAUUCUAGAGCAGAUACUAAACAGCUUUGAAAGUUGCCUCAUUCCCCAGUUGUCAAGUUCACCUCCAGAUGUGGAGGCAAUGAGAAUCUAUUUAAUACUACCAGAGUUUCCGCUGCUUCAGGAUUCUAAGUAUUACAUAACGCUGACCAUUCCCCUGGCGAUGGCCAUUCUGAGGCUGGAAACCAACCCUAGCAAAGUAUUAGAUAACUGGUGGUCUCAGGCAUGCCCAAAAUACUUCAUGAAGCUGGUAACCCUCUAUAAAAGUGCCGUCCUUUACCUCCUAAGGGGAAGGAAGACAUUCCUAAUCCCUGUACUGUUUAACAAUUACAUGACCGCAACCCUCAAGCUUCUGGAGAAAUUGUACAAGGUAAAUCUUAAGGUGAAGCACGUGGAGUACGAUAAGUUUUAUAUCCCUGAGAUUUCUAGUCUAGUGGACAUUCAGGAAGACUACCUCAUGUGGUUUUUGCAUCAAUCCGGAAUGAAGGCCAGACCGUCUAUCAUGCAGGAUGCUGUAACCCUUUGUUCCUAUCCUUUCAUCUUUGAUGCCCAAGCCAAGACCAAGAUGCUGCAGACUGAUGCCGAGUUACAGAUGCAGGUGGCAGUCAAUGGAGCCAACCUGCAGAAUGUCUUCAUGCUUCUUACCCUGGAGCCUCUGCUGGCCAGAAGCCCCUUCCUGGUCCUUCAUGUCCGCAGGAACCACCUUGUGGGAGAUGCCCUGAGAGAGCUGAGCAUUCACUCUGACAUUGAUUUGAAGAAGCCUCUCAAAGUAAUCUUUGAUGGGGAAGAAGGAGUAGAUGCUGGUGGUGUUACGAAGGAGUUCUUUCUUUUGCUGCUAAAAGAACUUUUGAAUCCCAUUUAUGGGAUGUUUACCUACUAUCAAGAUUCAAAUCUCUUGUGGUUUUCAGACACAUGUUUUGUAGAGCACAACUGGUUUCACUUGAUUGGCAUAACCUGUGGAUUAGCUAUCUACAACUCCACUGUGGUUGACCUCCACUUCCCGUUGGCUCUCUACAAGAAGUUACUGAAUGUAAAGCCCAGCUUGGAGGACUUGAAGGAGCUGUCACCAACUGAAGGAAGGAGUCUUCAAGAGCUUCUAGAUUAUCCUGGCGAAGACAUCGAAGAGACCUUUUGCCUCAACUUCACGGUGUGCCGAGAAAGCUAUGGGGUGAUAGAACAGAAGAAAUUGAUACCCGGGGGAGACAGAGUGGCCGUGUGCAAGGACAACAGGUGAUGGAAUUGAAACAAAGAAUUACAUCAUUUGGCCAGCUCUUCAGCUAGAAGAAAAGGACUUGACUCGGGGCCUGUGCUCCAGGAGUUGUACCCUGCCACUGAGAGCUCACAGCGGAACUUGAGAGUUCCUGUCCUCUCCUCCAGGGCAAAAGACAUGACUGAACGGUUUACUGUGUCUCCUCUCAGGCAGACUACAGUUUUCUAAGAAGAGAAAGCUGGUAUAGUUAGGCGCAUACUACAAAUGUGUGAAAUUGAAUGCCUGGAUGCUGAACUAGGGAAUACAGGGCAUGUUUAGCAUUUAAGAUGUGGUAAAACCUUCAUGAGCAGCUCAUGCCUUUGAUCCCAGUGCUGGAGAGGUAUAGCCGAGCAAAUCUUUGUGAGUUUGAGGCCAGCCUACAUAAGUGAGUUCCAGGGCAGGGCUUGAGCUAUAUAAUCCUGUCUUGAAAAAAUAAAAACAAUCAAUCAGUCAAACAAAACACCAACAACCGCCUCAUGGGUAUGUGUCAUUCUGUGUAGUCUUAUAGUCUUCUAUGUAAAUGUGUUUUCUUUGGCUCUUUGCUCUGUUUAUAUGUUUUUUUUUAAAUCCACCUUUCUCUAUUCUUUGAGCCCUCCCCCAUAUUUAUCAAAAGUGUUAUAAAUAUCUUUUGUAUAAAAAAAGGAUUAUUUUUGCCUUAAAAAAUGUGUUUUUAAGGAUCAGAUUCCAAGGAUAAAUUUGAAAGUAUGCCAUUUUGAAUCUGUUGACAAAUAUUUUUGCUGGGUUGAUUCUUAUUAACGAAUUAUACCAGGUUAUUCAUCCUUAUCAGUGUACAAGAAUACCCAUUUCACUCCAUCCUCACAGUAUCUUCAAAAUAUUUGCAUUUGUUUCAUACAUACUUUAAAGAUUCUUCACAGCACUGAUCCGUUCAAAUGGCUGUGUGAACUUCUAAAAUAUUUUCAAAAAUAUGCUUUAGAGGUAGUGUUUGCACAACACUGUACACAUCUGAAAUUGCUGCUUUAAAAACAGUUUGUUUUAUGUUCUAUGACUUUCAGCUCAAAAAGAAAACAGCAUCUGUUUCCAUGUUUGUACGUUUGUUUCCAUGUACGUGCGUGCGUGUGUACGACCCUGCAGACAGGCAGAGCUGAGGCACCAAGCUUACAUUGUGAGCCUUGAAGUGCUGCAGCUUCCUGUGUCACACUCUUGAGAUCGUGCACUGAAUAGAUAAUGUACGCCGCUGGCUGGUUACAUCCGGUUGCUGGGCCUGGCUGGCCUGUCAAGGGUUAAAAUGGUUUACUGCAAAGCAGUAUUUUACUUGCCUGGAGGAGAUGGUGUCCUGCGGACACUGCAGUGCAGCUGUGACGCACUUCAAAUAAGCAGCUCAGGAGACCCACGUUUAGGAUCAGCUCAGUGAGGAAAUGAAUUGACCUCCAUCCUAAACAUCCCUGAUGGGCAUGCCUAUAAAAUAUAGUAUGUAUGUCAUAUAAAAUAGUGCCUGUCAGCCACGGCAUACGGCUGUGACAUGUGUGUCUCCAGCCUUGUCAGAGCUCUGCCUCACCUCGAUCUGGGCGUAGCAACAAGUCUCCCUCCCCAGCAUCUCUUCUUUUCAAAACAAUCAGCUGGGGUUCUUUAUGUAAAUCUCUUCUGGUUAUAUUUUAAUUUUAUGUAAAUAUCUGCCAAUUUUAUUUUCACUUCAUUUUAGUAGUGCAAAAUAAUUUUAUUUUCACUGUAUUUUAGUAGUAUAUUUAGAACAUGAUUUGUCAAGCUAUUAAGAUCUUUGACUUUCUGUCGUCUAUAUCUGUUACAGAUAUAAUUUGCAGUACUAAUGUUUGCAUUUGAAAUGAGUGUAAAUACCCAAGAUUUGAUUGUUUUCUGAUUUUUUUGUCUUGUCAUGUCUGUUUAUUUCUUUUGGCUGUAUGUGUCCUAAUCUCAGCCUUUCUGUACCUAAUAAUUGACAAAUAUUUUAUGUAUUUUCUUCAUUAAAAAUGUUUCCUUGAGUCAAAAUCUAACUUGUUUCUGAAUUAUUGAAAGCUGUCUUAGCUAUUCUUAUGGAUAAACAGCAUAAAAAUUAUAUUAAAUUCCAGAUUCUACUUGGGUUUUGAAUUGAGUUGUGAUAAAUUAUAAAUUAAUUUUGGAAGAAUUUAUAUUCUGUGAUAAUCUUCUAAAUCAGGGAUUUUUUUUGUGAAAUCCCAUAUUUUUUAUAUGCAUCACACACAUUUUUAUUAUAGGCUAGCUUAUGUUUAUAUAUGUAUAUACUAUUUUUAGUAUAAAAGAAACCUUAUAUAUUUUAAUGCCUUGAUUAUUUAUUUUUAUAUAUUUACCUGACAACCAGUCGAUUCAAACUUGCAUCUAAUUGUUUUCUAGUUUAUUCUUUUGGGUUUUCUAUAUCUAAUAAUCAUAUACCUAGAAAAUAAAUUUCCCAAUGUUUAGACCCUAAUACUUAGUUAUUUUUUAAUUCUUACUAGACCUAGAGAAAUAUUAAGUGACACUCCUUCCAUUUCUGAAGAUGAGUGAGUGUUAAUUUUCAUUACCUUUUUUCUUAUUAAAAUAAUCAUAUGAUUAUGAUGACCAUAAUUUAUAAUACACACUUUCAGUUGGAUUGGUCUGACCAAAAAGAUGGUUACCACUACCUUAGAGUUGUUCAUAGCCAUCUGUUGUCAUUAGCAACAGGUUAGCACUGCCCCCAUCCCCCACGUCAUCAUCAGAUUUUGCUGCAGUGUAAUUAACCCUUGCAGCAAAUGGAAAAGAAUGGCGUCGUUGCGUGUAUAUGUGUGUGUGUGUGUGUGUGUGUGUGUGUGUGUGUGUGUGUGCGCGCGUGUUUGCGUGGGUAUGCACGCACAUUCAUAUUGUCACAUUAAAUUCUUACCUUGUCUGAGAGCAAAUUAAAAUCAGGCUUUAUAUGGAGGAAACCCAAACAAGACAGUUUUUGAAUGUCUUAUAUUUCUGAAUUACAAGCCACAUCCUUUUCUGAUAAUAAGGAAUCACCAAGGUAGAAAUUAAAAAAAAAAAAGCUACCAUUUUCUCUUGCAUAGCAGGGGAGGGAGAGAGUUGAGUUUUCUAUCAGGAUCUUUUGUCUUUAUUAUAACAAUAAUAGCUGGGAAUUAUUCCUAGGUGUCAGACGCUGCUGUGUGGGCUGAAGUGUAGUAACUGAUUUUCUCUUCAUAAUAAUUGCGAGGAAGGGACUGUUGCCACCCACUUUUAUAGAUGACAAUACAGGCAGUCAGAAUAACAAGUUUUUUUUAUUUUUGAAAAUACUGUUUUGUUAACACCACAGUGGUAAACAACUUUACGUUUGUGUUUCUUUACAGAACAUUGAUUCACAGAUAGUUCAAAACCCACAAAGAAGCUAAAGGCCUUUACAUUAAAUGUCUUUUCCCAAAAGUCUUCCCUUUAUGCCAUUUUUGUCCUCAAGCAAUAAAAUUUGAUUAUGCACCAUUUAAUAAGUCACAUUUACAUAGCAAAAUAAUGAAGGCACAGCUAAUACAAGCAAACUUAAAUCCUUCCUAUUUCUGAGCUGGGGUUGGGGAUACACACUUGGGUUGGUUCUUCAAGUAUAUACUUUUUUCCAAACAUUAGCUUCAUUGAGGAGUUCUGAUGGUUUUCACAGCUACUUGCUAAAAGCUACAAGACAAAAAGACUUCACAAAGUCAAACUAGGCAACACUGGAUACACAUGCUUUACAGAAUUGCUACAUUCUACAUCUCUUCAAGUAAAUUAUAUUUCUAAAAUGCUAUAAGGGAAUUUAAUACUUAAAACAUUUGGGGUAAUUUUUACGAUUUUGUAAACAAACACUACCAAGAAAACAGAUAACAUGAGACCAUUACAGAUGAACACGUGUUGACAAUAUUAUACAUGGAAUACACCCUUAUUUUUGGAACCGUGUUCUUUCUGUAAAUUCAAAUAUUCAAAACAUUUUUCACAACUUGAAAUGGCAGUUUUUCUAGCCACAUAAACAGUAAAUGCUGUCAGUCCAGCCUUCCUCCAUGCCUUGUCUCCUCUGGAGUGUAAAGCUGAUGUCUGGGUUUGCAAAAGCAAAAGUCUUAAAGAUGACGUCGUUCUUGGGUUCCUCUUCCUCUGCGCUGGGAAAUGUAAAGAAACUGAAGAAUUAAGCAUUGAGAAGAGUUCUGUCUUAGCUUGGGUGUUAAGGUGUAGUGUGAUGAAUGGAUUUCAACGUGUGACGCACUUUAAUUCCCAUCUAACUGACAACCUUUCAUCAGUCUCAAGUCUGGUUCUCACAGAAGAGCAGGGAGAGAAAAAAAAUAAGUUUAAUUAGGCCGUUUAAAAAAAAACAAAACAAAACAAAAAACGUCUUUUGCAUCUGUUUUACACAAAUCAAAGUUAGAUUAGAAACGGGCUAGCCAGAAUCUACUUGAUUCAAUUUAAUUUUUGGAAUGUUAGAAUAGAUUCACAUUGUAUUUUGGGCAAAUUCUGAGCCUUUUAAAGUCUCCCGACAUCGGAAAUAAAAGGGGCAGGGGAUUUGUCACCUGUCAGCUGCUGUGCUCACUUCUCGGCAGAGUCGGGACCCCCAGUUGCGCCAGCUGCAGCCUCCUCUUCUUCCUCCUCCUCAUCUUCUUCUUCCUCGUCGUCUUCAUCAUCCUCUCCCUCCAGGGUCCACGCGCAGCCCUCCAUCUCUCCGGUGAGUUCCUGGAUCUUGGCGAGUAGGGGCUUGUAGAUAUCAUUGUACUUCUUCUCCAGAGCCUGGAAUUCCUUGUCAAAUUUCGCCUCGAUCUUAUCGCAGCGCUUCUGCAGCUUUUUGAGCGCCAGAACCCGGCACUUGACGGGAUUGGGCAAGCUCUCGAUAAAGUCAUUUUUGGGCUUGGGCGCAUUCUCCGCGGGGGCCUGGGGCUCCUCGGCCGCGGGUGCAGUGGCACUGUCACCGGUUGCUGCAUCCUCGCCACCCUGAGCGCCCUCCAUUACCUCGUCCUCGGCGCGGCUCUCAGCGGGUCCCUGCUUCUCGGGGUCGGCCAUCGCUAUUGCUUGGCUCAGCUGGGCUUGUUUGCCGCAGUGGUCUGGUGGUUGCGCAGUCUGCGACUGAGCUGGUCCAGAGAGGUCCUGCAGCUGUGACUGCGGCUGGUCCAGAGU